UCCCGAUGUUUCCGCAAUGGAUUAUGGGCUGUCUUUAUCGACAUUUAGUUGAUCGAAAAUGAAAGAAAACAUCGGCGAUCGGAAAUAAAUGGGAAAAGAAGUGCGUUAAUAAAGAAGCGUCGAUGCACAUCUAUCAUGAUCGGUCACGGAACUAAGUGAGCGAUCAAAAUGCCAAAUUUCACCGGUACCGUGAAACUGAAGAUAUGUGAAGCUGUUGAUUUACGUCCAACCGAAUUUUCAACGCGACAUGCAAAUGUCGUUGGCAAACAACAACAGAUGUUAAUUGACCCUUAUGUAUCUAUCGACGUCGAUGAAAUUCAUAUUGAUCGAUCUUCGACUAAGCAGAAAACUUCUAAGCCGAUCUGGAACGAAUAUUUUACUUCCGAAGUGCACAAUGCCCAACUCUUAGGAUUGACUGUCUUUCAUGAUGCCGCUAUACCUCCCGACGAUUUCGUUGCAAAUUGUACUAUUUCUUUCGAUGAAUUGGUCAAUUCUGCGAAAGAAACGGGCAAUGCAGAGGCUGAUAUAUGGGUAAGUAGGUUAAGUGUUCUUGAAUGUCAGAUUGAAUUAGCUUUUCUUAGUGCUUGAAAAUAUUCGGAUGAUUGAUGAGUUACACCUCUUACAAUGCCAAACUUGCCCCCUAUCAUUCAGCAAGAAAUGUGUGAACUGACCAUACUUAUUCCUUCAAUAAUCCCACAUCUUUUAUUCUGGUUGCUCUGUGCAUUUGACAAGAAAAAUAGAUUUAUAAUUUGUAGUGACGAUAAAUCACUAAACAAAAAACAUUGAUGUUGACAGAAUUCAGCUUUGAAUACUUCGUAUUAAUCUCAAUAAAAAUACUUAAAUAUCUGAUCACAUAUUCAAAACUGUAGUGAAUAUUCUAUGUAUAAAAUCUGUGCUUUAUGAGAAUUGUAUAUUGAAAGGGAGAAUGAUAUAGUUUGGCCAUAAUUGCAGAAUGUUGCUUGAGGAGAGUAAAUGAUAAUUGAAGAAGAAUUAGAAUGAUUAUUGUCUGGAAAGGGAAGAGGUCAUCCCAAAAUAAACAUGAAAAGAAUAGAUCAACAAUGAGUUGAGAGAAGGAAUUUAAAGAAUAGAAAAUCAGACUUAGAAUUGAAAAAAUUAAUCUAUUAAUAAUUAAAUAAAUAAUGCAAAAAUUAAUUGUCUUGGGAAUUAUGUAGUAUUUGUAUAAUGUAAGGAAUGAACAUUGUUUUGAAGUAAUAUAUAACACAAGUUUCAUAUGUAUUUAUAGUUAUCAAAAAAUUGCAGAUAUGAUAAAGUUGUCUUAUCAAGAUUUGUAUCAUUUGAUGAAACUUGUAAGAUUAUUAAGUACAUAUUAGAUUCAGUAACAUAUAAGAGAUUAUAAAUUUAUUUUUUUUUAUUAAGACAUUUAAUUUAAGAAAAAAUUUGAUAUAAUGAAUAAUUUGUAUAACAAGUUAGCUUAGUUAUCUUAAUCACUAUGAAGCUUAACCAAAAUGUGAUUAUUUGAAUGAAGGAAACAAGAAAUGAACAAUUGACAUUAAAAUAGCAAUAGUUACAAUGAAAAUUUAUUAAUAAUGAAAACAUUUUUAAUAUUAGAAUUUUCAGCAAUGUAGAUGAGAGUUGAUUAAUGAUUUAUCAAUAAUUUUAAUUACUAGAA